CCUCCUCAGGCAUUUCUGUGAAACAAAUAUGACUAUAGUGCUCAGAGGGAUGUUGGGCAGUAGUGAAGGGGAUCACAUGGGUAUGUGAAGGGUUGUAUGCAUAAAACAGUAGUUCUCAAGGGGAGUGAGCACCCUAUUCUGUGGACAGUCUAUUUGCUCUAGUGAAAGCCCAAGGCUGGGGCAGUUGGUUAAUGAUUGACAUUCCCAUUCAACUGGCUUGCUGGUGCCAGCAGGCACUCUGGUGUCAGCUACAAGUACAGCAGCUGCAAAUAGGAAAUGAGGAGUGGGAAGAAAGAGAGCGCAUGCGAUUGGAUGCAGACAGGUAAUCUCACAGUGGAAUGUGAGCCGUUUUGAGCUGUGGCCAAUCAGAUGAGAUGAGUCAUAUGCAAGAAAAAGGCGCCACAUUCAAGUCGUCUCAUUGAAAGAAAAGCUCUUUCUGCAGAUCCAGAGGGAAAAGGAAAAAAAUUCCAUGAGAAUAAAAUAAACCUUCUCCAAGAUGUGUUUGCAGAGGGUUUGGUGGCCUGAACUCUGGCUCAUUCUGCUCUGGGUACUCUGCCUGCUUAGAGCGCCAUUCACAGCGAUUUCUCCAGUAAGAACUGAACUCCUUUCGAACGCCAGCACCCCGGGGGUCCGGACUGCAGUCUGCUCAGCUACAGCAAAACCUGCCCCAGAAAUCACAUGGAAGCCUGAGGGCAUCCUGAUUGGCCAGCCUGAGACAUAUGGAGUUAAGAAUGCAAAUGGUACCGUGACCGUGACAAGCACGUGUAACGUCUCUAUGAGGCUCCUGCAAUCGAACAACCUCCAGGCUUUGACUUGUGUAAUAAACCACCCUAUGGGAAGGAAAGAGGAGAUAAUUGACCCACUAGAAGAAUAUGAAGUAUCUGAUGAGGAGAGCAAAAUAUAUAUUUGGCAAGUGCUUUGCAUAAUUUCUAUUACUCUGAAUGCCAUAGGAGUCACCAUCAUCAUCAAGAAAAGCAAAGGGAAUAAACCGAGUAGCAGCAUACCCUGCACUCCUGCGGAGAAAAAGAAUUUGAACCAAGGUGACGGAGACAGAUACCAGCACCAGCCAACACCUAAGAGCCAGCAGAGUGUUUCCUAUCAAAAUGAGGUAACAGAAAAUCAUAUAUAGGCAAUUCGCAUUCAUAUCUUAUAUGAGGCAAGCAACCUAGCAAUGCCUAAUGCUAGGGAGUUGAGGUCUGCCACACCGUGCUUAACUUGUGCCAGGGCUGAACAUGGGCACCUCUAGUUCACAGCCCCGGUACCUCUGAGGUUGCAAUGUCAGUUAUGAAACUUAAAAAAAUUGCUUUCCUUACAAAUUAAGCACUGCUGACACAGCUACAAUACAGA